GUUGUUCAGUGUAAUGCUUUAACAUGAUCGAUACCCGUAUGCCCCAUCCGCUGUGAUACGUAGCAUGUUGAAAACUGUUAUACCGUACCGUACCACUCUAAAAUGGUGAACGUAGGAGAGAUUUGUGGCGAGGCAUUUUUUGGUGUCCUAAAGGAACCAAGAGGAAUUCUUAAACCAAUAGAAUGGAUCCUCUCUAUAUUUGCCUUCGCUACCAUGACCGGAUCAACACUGAAAGUGGCCUUUACUGCAACUUGCCAAAUGGAUAAUAAUAAAACAGAGGAACAUCCUUUCACUGUCUCUUCAUCCUACCCUUACAGACUAGAGGAUGCCAAGUACGGCCAAUAUGUCUGCAAUGAGAGCCACCCCCAGGACCAAGGACUGCUGCAGGGGGCGGCCAGCGCGGCCCAGUUCUACGUGUUUGUGGGGGUCAUGGUGUUCCUGUACUGCCUUGCUGCUCUCAUCCUGUACAUCUUCUUUGACCAGACCUACAGGAAGCACAACGCCUGCACAAUUGGUGACCUGAUUGUAAGCGGUGUGAUCACCCUGCUCUGGCUGAUCAGCUCCUCAGCCUGGGCGUCUGGGGUCACUGACCUCAAGUACUACACGGACCUGGCACAGUGCGGCUACUUCAGUCACCUCCAUGAGUGUGCUGCACCCAACUCCUGCUCACAGACACUCAACGCAAACUUUGCUAGCCUGAAUGUGUCAAUUAUAUUUGGCUUCCUGAACAUGUUGGUGUGGGCAGGCAACGUGUGGUUUGCCUACAAGGAGACCCCCUGGCACAAGGUGACCCAGUCCAAGGCCACGCCCCCUGGCUCCUCCCCUGGCCCUACCGACCAGCAGAGGAUCUAGAAGCCCGGACACGCCCAUCUGACACGCUCACCUGGUCAGGAGAUGGGUGGGGCUGCAGGCAAGAAUGCUGGCGUCUAGAAAAUAGUGUUUGCAAUUAGAAACGAAUUGAAAUUUAUUUAAAAAUUGGAAUGUGGCAUCAUUGUGUGAUGUAGAAUAUUGAAUGUCAUUUGUAAUUGAGUAGGUGAAUCAGUUGCUGCCAAUCUAUUAGAAUAACCAUGAUCUUGCUUUGCAUACGAAACAACUUUAAAAGAAUAAUUUCUGGUGGCCAGGUUUUUUUAUAUACUUGUUAGAAUAUUUUGUUUAAAAUUUUACAAUUUGCUUGUUGUUUUUGGUCCUAAAUGUAGUUUCCUUAAAAUAAUGCUUAUAUAACUGAAAAAGCUUAAUUAAAAAAUGAGUUGCACUUGUGUUGCCUUAAUUCCUGGACACAAAUUUCUGAUACCGGUUUAAGGAUCCAAAUAAAAAGCAUCCAAAAUACAAAAGGCAUUUGUAUGAUAUAAUUUAAAAAGCACAAGGAUUUUACCACUAAACUAAAAGACAUGUUACUAUUGAAUAAUGUGUGUGUUCAAUAUUACAAGAUUCUCAGAAUAAGUCAAACAGCUGAUUUCUGUGUGUGUCUGUGGAUCAUAGUUUCACAUGUAUCAUAUUGCAUCACACUUUGAUGUAGUUUCAUGUGCUGAAUUUAUGUUUAUUUAUAUAAUUAUAAAAAUAUGCAGUUGUAUAAUUAUUAAUUAAUUUGCAGUUUAGCAUGUUUAACAUAAAAAAAAUUGUGUGGUGAAAUGCUUUGAGCCAUUUAUGAUGACCUUGGCAUGCAACUUUUUAAAACAUUUCAAUUUAAUUGUGUGAGCUUUAAAAUAAUUGAUAACUCAAUGUACAAGAAAAACCAGGAUUUACCAUCUUUUUAGAAGAAUUUGAUUUUUUAUUUAUGUAACAACAAAUGUUUUGGGUAAAUAUGUAAAUAUAUUAUAUGUAACAACACAUUUUUUAGCUAAAUUAUGAGUUGGUUUAUUGAACAUUAAAUUGAACAUCAAAAAAAGUUUUAAAAUGAUCUUUGUAAAUGUAUACAUUUGUUUAAUUUUUUUGGUCCUUUGCAUCAUUCUAGAUUAUGUGAGUGUUGUGGAAAUAUAAUAUAUUUAUCUUCAUAUGAUAUUUAUUAUUUAAUAUGCAAUUAAUCUAAAACUGUUUAGUUCAUUACUAAAAUAUUAAUCAAAUUCUAUUUAAAUUACUAUUUGUAUACACAUUUGUAAAAUUUUAGUUCAGAUUUUUACAUAGCUGUCACCUUUUAGCAUACUUUACUGGUUAUGAAAUAAUAUAAGUUCAUAAAUGAUCAUAAACAAGUAUUAAAGGGUUAGUUUUGGAUUAAUAAUUAAAGUUUAAUAAUUUAUUUAAUUAGUUUUUAUAGAAUUUUAACCCUUUCCUCUCAGAAGCAAAGAGAAAAUGGCAAACAGCAUAAAACCAGAACAGCCUGCGAGCAACUCGCAGUCUGUUCAGGUUUUAUGCUGUUUACUGCUCAUCAGUAUCUAAGGGUUGAAAAUGAGGCCUUUAUACUUGAAUCUAGUAAGAAAGGUCUUUAAUUAAAUGUAACUUUCUUAUGGACUACACAUGUGUAAAAAUACGUAUCUAAGUGGUCAAGCGUAAAAAGGACAUAUUGGGUUAUGGACUAAAAAUAAAUAUCUUCAACAAUCACUUUUCUGUGACUAUGGGUAAUUAAAACAUACAGAUGCUACAUUUCAAACAAAGAGGAAUAACUUCUGUUACAUAUUUCCAUUUCAAACUGAUGGAAACAAGAGAACAAUGAGUAAUAAUACUAAAUGGUCUGCACCGUUUGUGAUAAAAAGUGUCAAGUCAUCAGAAAAAUCAUAAAACAAAUCAAGACUUUUGUUAUUCUAAAAGACUUGCCAUUUACUCAUCAAAGGUUUUUCUCUUGAGGCCUUGCUACAAUUCUACUUGCAGCCAUACUUUAUUUGAUUGUUGAUUAUUUUGCAUUCCAUUGAUGUUGUGUCCAGUUGUGGAUUUAUUGUUGUUGAUGCUUUAUUGAUUGAAAACCAAAUAAGUUAAAAUCCUAAAACCUAUUGUUAUAUUUGUUUUCUGAAUAUGCAUAUUUAUAUUGGUGUGAUUAUGUAUAAUUUGGUAAAAGUUAGAGUUUUGCAAUGUGUAUAGAAGUUGUUUUUGUAAAAUUAAAUGAUAAAAUCCA